UCUUUCUUCGUUGUAAACAGAAGUCACAUGGCAGAAAGAUCAGCUGAUUGCGCCACUGAAUUUUUCGUCUAAUUUCGAUUUAAUUGCGACAUUGUCGUUGCCGCGAUGACCUAUUUAUCAGAUUGAGAGGUCGCUAUAAAAACUCGUGAUUCUCGAGAUAUGUAUGUUGAGAAGUUAUAGUGUUUCGAUUUGGAGUAUUUUGUUUCUGAAAUGGGGACUUCUACUGUAUUGAAACUCAGAAUGACAAUGAAUCCAAUGCGCAGUACAUACUGACACAUAACACUGCCAACAGUGUAUUACAACAGUGUAUUGAUACAGUGUAUUCCUUUGUUGACUGCAGUGAGUACAGUUAGGGUGGUGAUACUCUACUGAUAGUGGGAAUUGAAAAUUGUUUUAUGUUGAAUGCAGCCAACAUAAUUAAUUGAAGUAGUCGGAAGAGAGAAACAAGACACUUUAAAAUAUCAUGAUGGUGGGGCAGGAACGAGAUGCAAGUGAUGCUUUGCAUGACUUCCGUUCUGGCACAUCGGAUGUUGAUUGGUGUGAACAUAACUAUGAAGUAACCAAAUUAGUAGCCGAGUUCUACAACACUAUAAGCAAUGCACUGUUCUUCAUCAUGCCACCUCUUCUGAUCUACCUGAACUGGCAGUAUGCCAAACGAGUGUCCAUCUACACUAACCUGAUCUGGGCCCUUCUUGUCAUUGUGGGAAUAGGAUCUGUCUAUUUUCAUGCAACUCUCAGUUUGGUUGGCCAACUUCUCGAUGAAAUUUCGAUUGUUUGGGUGAUCUUCGGAGCUAUAGCUCUUUUAUUUCCAAGGGAACACAUGCCGACAAUAUUUCGAGGAAGCAGGGAUAACUUUCGGAAGGUGAUCCUGUGUACAGCAUUGGUUGCUUCCUUCCUGGCGUUUUUGAUGCCAGUCCUCAAUGCAUUCAUACUCUUCUCCCUCGGCUUUCCCUGUGCUUACAUCUUGGUUAAAGAGUUAAAAAGGUGCAAGUGUCCUCGAGUGUACUACCUAGGAUGCCGCUGCUGUUUGACGUGGGUUGUAGCCGUCAUCUGCUGGCUUAGUGACAAAUUUUUCUGCCGUAUGUGGUCGUCAAUUGCAUUUCCUUAUCUCCAUUGUUUCUGGCAUAUCUUUAUCGCUAUCAGUGGAUGUACGUCCAUUGUGACUCUCAUCUACUUCAAUGCUGUUGCGGAGGUGCCAGAACAGAUGCCGGUCCUCAAAUACUGGCCAAGUAACAAGUGGGAUAACUUUGGAAUACCGUACAUCGCCUUUAAAGCUCUGGCCCCGUGCAGGUCUACAUGCAAGUACCUGUGAACACUCAGAUGAGAAUCAAUAGGACUCGAGAUACUGUGUUAUUGAAUGAGAAGAGUCAUUCCUGCCCAUAAUCAGAGAUUAUAUUAAUAAGUUUCUCCUUUUAUAGUCAGGUGUUUUUUUGUAGGCCAGUGUGCAUAUAUAUGUUUAGAUAAUACUUGUUAGAUCUGAGCUCUUUAAGAAUCUGAAACAUAUUUUGUGUUAUUUUUUUUAUAGCUGAACUUGUAAAGCCAAUACUGUGAGGAAUUGUGUGUGUUUUCUCAAAAAAAAAUGUGUUCAUGACGUUUAUGUCCAUUUGAAAGGUUUGUUUGUUUGAACAAGUAGAUUCUGUGUUUGUCCUAGGUUUUGCCUGAUCAUCUUGUGAGUGAUGGAGACAGUUUUAAAAGCACACCUGUUUAUAUAUGUAGAUAUGUAUACAAAGGUAUUGUAGUUUGAGUGGGAAAUGUUCAAUUUUGCACACUUUGAUGUCAGGUUCUGAGGUAACACUAAAUUAUUUUCGUGUGGUGCAAAAAACUAUGUACAGUAGAACCUCUCUAUCAAGGACACCAUCCGGACUGACCAGUGCUGUCCUUAAUAGAGAGGUGUCCUAAUUACAGAGGUCAAAUUGAAUGGAAACAACCAGAGAGGUGUCCGCUAAGGGAGGUUCCACUGUACAUGAGAAAGGCGUGAGCUUUUUUUAAUGUGAAUGUCUACAAUAUAUGCACAUUUACUCCUGCAAUGUAUGUAUGUGAUAGUUUUAUGUAAUUUCUUGUUAUCAAGUGUAUGAAUGCAUUUAAAUAUGUUCCUAUAUAUAUUCAGAUUGGUGCAAUAAUGAUCAAUUCAAAACUGUUUAAAUUUCCAACGAAGUGUGUACUGCAAGCGUUUGUGUGGGCUGGGCUCAAUCCUCAACAAAAUGGAUGAAAAUGUUGAGUGAUGAUAGGCCUUUUUACACGGUGCUGGUUCAAGACAACCCUCCUGAACCGUCACGAGGCGUGUUCGGUUCAGGACGGUUCAUUUCGCUUUUACACGGGGACGGUUCGACGAUCUGGCCUCGAUCCGGCUCCAGGCCGGUUCGUCACUAACAUCGUCAAUUGGUGGCGCUGUUCAAUCCUGCUGGCGGUGGAGCUACGAAAAUAUCACAACCUUCAACAAAUAAUACAAAAUGGUUCACGAUGGCGCCGGUGAGAUGCAGAGUUUUUGCUUUGGUACACAGCAUUUGUAUGGAAAGAAAGCUCUUGCUCUCGAUAAAUUGAAGAUUUCACAGCAGUUUCUUUCCGCGGAAAAUUUCAUGCCAGGAACACGGCAGCUAUUCCCGCGAAUGACGUCACGCGAGUACCGUGUGCAAACCGGCUCGGAGCCGGUUCGCUUUUACACGCAUAAAUAAACCCUCCUCCACCGGCCUACACCGGCCUGCACCGACCCGAGACCGGCGAUCGGAACCCGCCUCGGACCAGGAGGGUUCAGGACGGUAGGUUCGCUUUUACACGAGGGAAAAUGAACCGGCUGGUACCUGAACUAGUCUCGAUCCGGCUUGAACCCGCACCGUGUAAAAACGCCUGAUGGGCGGUUGUCAAAUUGAGUAUUGAAAUGUGCAUUUACUUCGUUGCAGUUUAUGUAACAUGAUGACAUGAACAGCUGUAUGCAUAUGACAUCAUAUGCAGAGUUGAUUACAGGCUUUGACCCUUCUCCUUAUGGUACUGGUUUGUUACUUGUGUACGGAAUUCAUAAAAUGCACUUGUUGAGAAGACUACACGAAAUGAACCUCAAAACCUUUGUUUUAUUUUUUAAGCCAAUAUAUUCAUUCCUAGAUAUUGGAUUUUUUUACUUUCCAGUUCAACUGGUUGGAUAAUGUUAAUUAUUUUGUUGUACACUGGUUGUACAGUAUCUCAAGAGAAAAUUUACACCACUUGCAAAUGGAGGGGGGAAAUCUCCUGUGAAAUGUUGCUUUGUCAAUGAAAGUGCGGUAUGGAACACUACAUGUGCAUUAAGGGAGUAUAUGGUUGAUUGAAUAGGUAACACUGUAUCUUUUGAAUUAUAUUGGAAUUUAACAGAAUGGCUGGACACAGGAGGCAGUCAGAGUUGAUUGGAAAGUGUCGCAAUAUGCUGCACAGGAAAUUGUAUGUUUUCAUACAAAGAGGAUUUUGUGUCACCUUCUCACUGUAAACCUUCUAAUACUUGUAUGUGCUUGCGAAAAUAUUUUAUGCAUGGAUGUGUAUGUCACAGCUGUGCAACUUAAUAUGCUCAAUGUGCAGAGUGUUAGGUUUGAAAUAUGCACUUUUCAGGGUGAUACCAGCUGGCAUGGCCAUAGGCAUGCAGCUGUCUUUAUUGCAGAUAAGCAGAUGUCAGGUUGCCUCAGAAAUAAUUCCUAUCCUUUCAAUGGAUGCAUCUUGUCAAGAGGAUUGGCUCAUCUGACCACAUUAAAAUUGUGUGAAUGUUAAGGUAAAUGCUUCAAAAUGAAUGCAUGUGUAGAUUCUCAAUAUGAAGCGCAUUGUGUAAUCUGUACAUUGUUUACUGGAAUAAAAAAUUGUUACCCAA